CAGCAGACGAGGAGAAGGACACAAGCCUCAUCUUGCCAUCAGCAUCCAUUCAGCCCCGCAUCGCCUCUAAAUUGCGUCGCGCUACAGAACAAAUCUACUGCAAAACAAGAGACAAAUUCAGAAACCCCGAGGCUUGAUUUCAGGCCCACCCAUCCGCAGAGCAGCAUGACUAAAGAGGAGAGCGGCGAGGUGGACGAGGCCCAGCCGGCCUCCGAGUUCACCAGCCCCGUCCACGAGCCCCGCAGAAGGCCCAUGGUGCACCCCUCCGCACAGGCCCCCCUCCCCAAAGACUACGCAUUCACGUUCUUUGACCCGAAUGACCCGGCCUGCCUGGAGAUUCUGACGGACCCGCGCACUACCAUCCCAGAGCUGUUUGCCAUCAUCCGCCAGUGGGUUCCACAGGUGCAACACAAGAUCGACAUCAUCGGAAACGAGAUUUUGAAGCGUGGUUGUCAUGUGAAUGACCGUGAUGGGCUGACGGACAUGACUCUGCUGCACUACAGCUGCAAGGCUGGAGCCCAUGGUGUUGGCGACCCUGCCUCGGCCCAGCGUCUGGUGAACCAGCUGAUCUCCCUGGGUGCGGACGUGAGCCUACGCAGCCGCUGGACAAACAUGAACGCGCUUCACUACGCAGCUUACUUCGACGUGCCCGAGCUCAUCAGAAUACUGCUCAAGGCCUGCAAGCCCAGAGUGCUGAAUUCCACCUGCAGUGAUUUCCACUAUGGUACGGCUUUGCAUAUCGCCGCCUCCAACCUGUGUCUGGGAGCCGUCAAGUGUCUGCUGGAGCAUGGGGCCAACCCCACUGUCAGGAACGAUAAGGGUCAGGGCCCGUCGGACGUGGUGCCAGACCCGAUGGACAUGAGCCUGGACAAGGCGGAGGCGGCCAUGGUGGCCAAGGAGCUGAAGCAGCUGCUACUGGACGCCGUGCCGCUCAGCUGCAACCUGCCGCGCGCCACACUGCCCAACUACGACAACAUCCCCGGCAACCUCAUGCUCUCAUCCAUCGGACUCAAGCUCGGCGACCGCGUCCUGCUGGAUGACAUGAAGUUACCCCAAAAGACAAACAGCAGUGAUGUCACCGACCCACUGCAACAGCCCAAACAGACUGGCACCCUGCGGUUCUGUGGUACCACUGAGUUUGCGAGUGGGCAGUGGGUGGGUGUGGAGCUGGACGAAGCCGAGGGGAAGAACGAUGGCAGCGUUGGAGGGGUCCGCUACUUCAUCUGCCCCCCCAAAAUGGGACUUUUUGCCCCUGUCUCCAAGAUCACCAAGUUAUCCGACCAGACCCCCUCCUCCAUCACCUCCACCCCUAAGACCCCGCGCAUGGACUUCUCCCGCGUCACAGGGAAGAUGAAGAAGGAGAAGAAGGAGAAGGAGAAAGAGAGAGAGAGAGAGAAAGCCUUGAGGAAGAAGUCCUUGUCCAUGGCCAGUCUGGACCCUGAUGGGGUGAGGGUGGACUUGGGAGACCAGGUGCUGGUGGCUGGACAGAAGAAGGGAACCAUCCGCUUCUACGGAAAGACAGACUUCGCCCCAGGUUACUGGUUUGGCAUCGAGCUGGAACAGCCGACGGGGAAGCAUGACGGCUCAGUGUUCGGGGUGCGCUACUUCAGCUGCUUACCGAAAUACGGCGUCUUCGCACCUCCCUCCCGUGUGCAGAGACUCGGGGGCCCAAAGGAGUCCCAGGGAGACGGCACUCUUGUGAAGAAAGUCCAUCAAGUGACAAGUAAGUCUGAGACAUUGUCCCAGCCCAAGCGUCACUUCAAUGCGGUUAGGUCUCCCAAAGACAUCACAUCAGAGAGCUCCAUAUCCAGGUUGCUUUUCUGCUGCUGGUUUCCAUGGAUGCUGCGUGCAGAGAUGCAGUCCUAAACCAUCUCUUCUCUCUUCUCCUCCCUCCCUCCCUUUCACGAUAAACCAACUCUUCUCUCUCUCUCUCCCUAUCACCACAGUCUGUGCAUCUAUCUAUCAAUCUGUCUAUCAUCUAUCUAUCUAUCUAUCAGUGCUUCUUAUUCUAUCCACCCCUAGUCUCUCGUUCCCUCUUCUCCCCUGGACUGUCUACCUGUUGGUGUUCUGCCACCUUUGAUUUCUGCUUUGAUCUGAAAACCAAUCAAACUGUUGUGGAUAUAACUGCAGUGUUCCCUCCCCCCCUCCUGUCCCUCGAUUGCAAUUCAAUAGCAAAAACUAGUGCCUUGUAUAUUAACUAACAUCCUGCAUUCCGUUUAUUAAACUAAUAAAACGAACAAACAAUACUUAAAAACAGACUUGAAAGAUGCAAACCUUGGAAAAUAAGAACCUUACAAAAGCCAUUUGUUUCUAAGUGACUCCAGCGUGAAAUCUUAAAGCCUUCUGAUCAUUGACUUGGGUUGCUUUGGGCUUAACUGCUGGAAAAGCUCUCUUUUAGUAGUUGCCAAAAACCACCUAAAGAACUUAGACCACCAAAAUAUGCUAUUAGCCAAUCAGAUCUUCUGUGAGGAUAUACCUCCAACUUGCCUAGGCUCUCUCACAUCCCCCUCCUGUGGGAUUCUGACCAUGACUACGCUAAAAUAUCAGCUGGACUUGGAAGCGAUCUGGUACCGAUCUGGUACAGGUCAGCCGGACCUCAGUCAGACAAGAGCCGGGUCAGGGCAAGAAACCGUUCUGGACUCAGACGGUGUCUGAGUGUAUGUGUAGACUAAGAUCUGCUAAAUGCCUGCCUGCUCCCUCUGCUUCCUGUUUAGAGUCUUCAGUGCAGCGCUGACAGUGUCCUUCCAUAGUUCCACCAUUUUAGUAUCAGACUGGUGUCUCCAGCUACCUUCUCUCUGAUUGGUUGUGUGCUCAGAACAAACAACUCAAGCUAAGGAAACUCUUUAUCUUUUGUGUCAGCAUUAUUAGAAUUUUCGAUUUGUGAGAUGUAAUAUUAUGAACCUAAGAGGCAUCGUAGAAUAUAAUCUACUCAAUAAUUAGCAUGCCGCGUAUAUGGGCAGGGAUUCAAAUAACAUGGAUUAAACUAUCUAAGACUAUACAGGGUUUUUAACACGACUCACUGCUGCCCUCUGCUGGUGUAACAGUGAGCAUGCAUGGAGUGUGCUGUGUAGUGCAUCUCUGCAUCCCUGUGUGCAACUUCUUGUGUGUGGGAAUGCGCCAGCCUGGACUUACAGUAUGUAGCAUACACACAGCAUACAUGAUAGACAAAACUCAGCUUCAGGCCUCUUCCUGGAAGGCUUUAAGCCACUUAAUUGCUUCUUCGUCCUUGUUAAAGAAACACUGGUAGAGACCCUCAAUUUUUAUAUUCUUAAGCUCCCUUACUGGAAGCAGGUUGAGCUGGAAUCAUUAGCAAAAACAGGGUGAGUUGUUUUUGAGGAGUGUAAAGGACUGAGCUUUGUUGAGCAGAGCUUGAGGGAUGGGGCCUUUUUAACUCCUUAAACCCCAGUUUUAGCCAAAACGUGGGGAAGGGGGAUUUCCUAGAGGACCCUGUAUCAGAGAGUCACAUGUUCCAAAUGCUGCUCUGCUCUCCUCCUUAUGGAUGACACCCUGACAAUCUCACAGUCACAGUCAGAAAAGCACCUGAGCUGGUGGGACCUUGUACAAGUGAACGAGGGAGCAUAGUUCUGUCCUAGACGCGCCCGCUACCACCACGCAUGAUCACCGUGUGCCAAGGUAGACGUUGGUGCAGUGGUGCUGUGUGUGAUGUGCGUCAGCCGUUAGCGUUCAGAGCCCAUGGCAGUGGGGAGAUGCUGUGUGAAAACGUCAGGAAUGCCUGCUAGUGCUAACGCAUCGCAGUUGAUGUUAGUGUCUCAACCUCAAGACCCGCUCACCCCACCCCCUCUCUCUCUCUCACUUCCUCUGCCUCCUGCCUGCCUAUCUGUCUGUCACACUUAGGUUUAACGAGAGUGUGUAUGUGAGUGUGUGUGUGUGUGUGUGUGUGUGUGUGUGUGUGUGUGUGUGUGCCUCUUCAAGACAAAAAAACAAAGUGGACAAAAAUAAGCGACAGUCCAUAGACUUCAAUAGGUCCGUGCUUAAUGUCUAACUCAACGAGUAUGUUGACACUGACGAUAUUUAAUCUGUGUUAUCUUGCUACGUGACUCUGGAUAGUGUUGUUUUUUUCCACUCUCUAUAUUAAAACAUACUAAUGGUACUUCUGCGACCUGAAGAGAAAGCACAUCGAGAGGGGGUGUAAACACUCCGGAAAUCUCUUUAAUAACACACGUGUCGUGAUCAUAUCCUGUCAACAACAACACUGAGAAACUGCAAAAAAAGAGUCAUGGACCACUACAUCUGACAGCUGACUGAUGUCUAGAUAGUCACAUAUGUGGCCUCAAUCGCUGUGCCACAACCUUCAUAGUUCAUUCACCUUUUAAAUUUUGAGGGUUUUUUUUUUUUUUUUACUCCUUGUGGAGUUCUGGUUGUAUAGAUGUGUGAAAUCUGAAAUAAUCACUUUAUUCUGGUUAGAAUUGUGUGGCACCAAAACAUUGACCACCAAACACCAUACAACUCCUGUUUUUUUGGUCAUUCUUAUUUUUUGUAGUGCUUGAAAUUGUCAUAUAAGAGGUCCUGGAAUAUUAUUUAUGAAUGUUUUAGAUGGAUAAUGUAAGAUGCUGUAUACUUUUUACUGUUCAAUGACAAAGUAGUCUGUUCAUGUGUCAAGAGUUUGUAUUGCAGCGACAUUCCAGGUCUGCAGGAUGUCAACGGAUUAAAUAGCUGUGAAGUUGUUCACUAUUGAAGCAAGUUUGUUUUACAAACAACUUCCUUGUCACUUCAUCCUUAUCCCCUGGAAAUAAUGAAACGUUUUAACGUCGUUACACUGUAAAUCGCGCAUCUCAUUCAGCUGUGAAGUUGGUCAACCAUUGCUUUUCAACUUUUCGUUUUUGUCUUGUCUGAAAAAGAUAUAUUUUAAUCAUUUGAGGACAAACUUUUUUACGUGUUUAUGUUAAACCGGUUACGAUAUCCAAAUCGAUGUUUUGUGUCUCAAUGAUUUCAGAUAUGUGGGAAAUGUUAAAGCUGGAUUAGUUACCGGUGUCAUAAACUAAUGCAUGCUCUCUCUCUCCCUCUCUUUCAUGAUAUAUCUUUUUCCAACUGUGUACCAGCAUGGAAAUGCUUAUAAUUAAUAUACUGACCGUGGACACUAAUAAAAGUUUGAUGUUUUUUUAAAACAA